AGAAUGGCGUCCAUUUGGAGCGACAAAACACUGCUUUGGAAAUUGCACAUACUUUCCACGAAAUUCGCUCAAGUUUCCGGAGUAGCAACGGCCGGAAGUCUCGACUGAUUGUGCUGUGGGAUAACGGAUACCGCGACGGGAGUUGACAUCGCGACUGGGAGUCCCCAUCGAAUCACUCAAUGCACCAACCGCGGAAUAAGCGAGAGCGCCACUCGUAGAAAAAUUGCUUCUUGUAAAUAAUAACUGAAGGACACCUAGAGCUCCUCCGGGCGGGCCAAAUUUGCGGCUGAGAGGACAUCUGCGUAUAUCAAUUCUAUCAUGUACAGGAACGGCCAUGAAAUGCCAGCCGACCUGAGGUCGAGACUAGACUCAAACUUCCAGAAUUUGGGCGGCGGCGUCUCUCCUCCACCUGCCGAUUUCGCGCGGUCCGAAUACCAACGCUUCUACGAGAAUCGUUCACAAGACGUCAGAAAACGUCUACUAAGCCAAAGCCCUCUCGGACGGCUCAGCCCAUUCAGUAUGACGUCAUUCAACGACUUAUCCCUGACAGGAGAUAAGUUUUCCGUGAGACUCGACGUCGGCCACUAUGGACCAGAUGACAUCGAGGUGAAAACCAUUGACCAAAAAGUAGUGGUUCGGGGUAAACACGACGAUAGAUCGGACGAGAUCGGCACAAUAUCCCGUCAGUUCACUCGGAAAAUCCAGCUCCCAAAAGACAUCCAACCGGAAAGCGUCAAAUGCUCACUGACUUCUGACGGGUACUUGGUGAUUGACGCUCCUCGGAGACCGGAGAAGCCUCCGGCGAACGAACGAGUUGUUCCGAUCCGGGUGCUGGAUACACCGGUCAGCUCACCGCAGAAAAGCAGCAAUGGUCACUCUAAGUCAAACGGAUCUUCUUGUGCGACGAGUCCCUCGCGUGGGCCUAACUACGUGUCAACUGCCAGUAGUCCAAUACCUCAGAUGACUUCGUCGAAUGUUUGCCAGCAGACAACCCAUAAUAACGGGACCACAACCACCACGGCGACGUUGCGGUCGUCUACGAUGACAAAGGUGACUGGCGGAGCCUCAGAUCUCUAAACCGGAACCCUGACACUUCUCGCUCGGAGGAAGGGAAAAUAGACUACCAGUUCGCGGUUUACGGAUCUGUAGGAGAAAAAGAAAAACUUAGUCAAACGAAAUGAUCUUCACGAAGGCAGCGAUACGAAGCGGGGACGCGCGUAGACACUUUCCGCCAAAAACUAUUUCAAAUUGAGCACCUAUUUACUAUUCGUUCAGAGACAGCGAUAUCUAUGAGGGAGGAACGAAUCACAACCAUUCGUCCUUACGACAGAAGUAUAGGCUAUGGGACGCUGAAGCGCAGGAAUUCGAUUGCCGCUUGACGAGGGGUAUGUCGUCAGAACUCCUAAACGCUUAGAGCAUAUUAAAAUCAUCCAUCCUUCCAUAACGGGUACGUCAGCGUAUCAAGAUUACUCUUCAUGAAGAACGUGCUGACCGUCCACUGAGCUGAAGGAUUGGGAAUGCAUCGAAAAAUUAGCACUUUGAUAUAAUUUAAGAAUAAAAUG